AUGUCGGGCACAACGAUUGACGAUGUCGUGAAGCGAUUGAGCACUCCGGAAACGGAGACGAAGAUCAAGGUUGAAGCUGCUACAACGCUUCGCGACAGUCUAGACCACUACACGGCCGGUCCUAUCUAUGCGCCGUUUCUCAAGAAGCUAAUGCCCAUCUUCAUCAACAUUCUCAAAGGACCAUGCAUCUUCCAAAGCAACUCUCCAGAGCAGAAACUCCGAAACUGUAUCCUGGAGGUUCUUCACCGUCUACCAACACAUCCCUCUCCAACCGAGCCUUUCGAGCCCUUCGCUGAAGAGAUCGUCGACCUUUUGAUGCAUCUCGUACGAACAGAUAACGAGGAGAACGCGACAUUAUGCGUCAAAAUCACAUCGGAUAUCAUGCGCCAUCAACACAAGGUGCUGGCUCAGAAAGUUCAGCCAUUCCUGACCCUCAUUCAAGAGCUGUUUGAGCAGAUGGAGAAGGUCGUACGCGAGCAGCUGGACAAUACGUCAAUGCCGACAAACAGCGCCUCUGGCGCCCCCUCAACCCCUGGCUCUUCCCAGACCAACUUCCAAUCUCCUCGGCCAGGCUCGCCAGUAGCAUCCGUGACGGACCUUGGUCCCGAUCCCCAGCAGCAGAAUCGGCUGCUCCUGAAGGGCAUGUCCUCGUUCAAGGUGUUAUCAGAAUGCCCGAUCAUUGUGGUUUCGAUCUUCCAGGUCUACAGAAAUACGGUCGGAUCCAACGUCAAGCUCUUCGUGCCCCUGAUCAAGGGUGUUCUAUGCCUGCAAGCUAGCGCCCAACGACAAGCACACGCUGAUGCGAAGGCCAAAGGUCAAAUAUUCACAGGUGUCAGCCCCCUGAUCAAGAAUAGGGCAGCGUUUGGAGAGUUUAUCACUGCUCAGGUCAAGACGAUGAGCUUCCUGGCCUACCUUCUGCGGCAAUACUCGCAACAACUGCAAGACUUCCUUCCGACCUUGCCGGAAAUUGUUGUCAGACUGCUGAAGGAUUGUCCACGGGAGAAAUCGAGCACGCGUAAGGAGCUUUUGGUUGCCAUCCGCCAUAUCAUCAACUUCAACUUCCGCAAAAUCUUUCUCUCCAAGAUUGACGAGCUUCUUGACGAGAAGACAUUGAUUGGCGACGGCUUAACAGUAUACGAGACGAUGAGGCCGCUUGCUUAUAGCAUGCUGGCUGAUCUCAUCCAUCACGUGCGGGACCAGCUCAGCCCAGAGCAGAUUCGGAAGACAGUCGAGGUGUAUACCAAGAACCUCCAGGAUAAUUUUCCCGGCACGAGCUUCCAGACCAUGAGCGCCAAGCUCCUCCUCAACAUGGCGGAAUGCAUCGCGAAGAUGCAAGACAAGGUUGACGCUCGACACUAUCUCAUGAUGAUUUUGAGUGCCAUUGGAGACAAAUUCAAGGCCAUGAACACGCAGUAUCCCAAUGCGGUGAAGCUGUCCAAGUUGUACAAGCAACAGGCUGCUGAGGGAACUGCCGAUAGCUAUCUUGCUGACAAGGAACACCCGCCUGACUGGGAUGAGACUGAUAUCUUCACGGCAAUGCCCAUCAAGCCCACGAACCCAAGAGACAGAGGUCUGGAUCCUGUCGCCGACAAUAAGUUCUUGUUUAAGAACCUCAUGAACGGUCUGAAGAACACGUUUUACCAGCUUCGCACAUGCAAUGCUGGCACCACCGUGAACCUUCAGAAUGCCCCGGCGCAAUGGCAAGAGGUGGCUUAUGGUUUCACGGCGGAAGAGGUCAAGGUUAUUGUCAAACUCUUCAGGGAAGGUGCCUAUGUCUUCCGUUACUACGAAAUUGAGAAGCCUGCUAGUGAGUCUCAGUACAUGUCUCCCGUGGAGUACAUGGCCAACUUCUACAUGGUCUCGAGCAGUAAGGAGGAGAAAGACCUGUUGGAAACAUUUGCUACAGUGUUUCACUGUAUCGAUCCUGCGACAUUUCAUGAAGUCUUUCAGCAGGAGAUCCCUCAUCUGUACGACAUGAUCUUCGAGCACACUGCCCUGCUGCACAUACCGCAGUUCUUCCUCGCCAGCGAAGCUACGUCGCCCAGCUUCUGUGGCAUGCUGCUGCGAUUCCUGAUGGACAGGAUUGAUCAGGUUGGGUCGGCAGACGUGAAGCGAUCGUCCAUCCUGCUCCGGCUUUUCAAACUAGCCUUUAUGGCAGUCACUCUCUUCGCCAACCAGAACGAGCAGGUCUUGCUUCCGCAUGUGGUGGACAUUGUGACAAAGUCUAUUGAUUUGUCUACCCGGGCAGAGGAGCCUAUGAACUACUUCCUGCUCCUGCGCUCCCUUUUCCGAAGCAUUGGCGGAGGCAAGUUUGAGCAUCUCUAUAAGCAGAUUCUCCCACUCCUCGAGAUGCUCUUGGACGUACUCAACACAUUGCUCAUGGCUGCGCGUCAAGGACUCCGAACCUUGGAGCUGUGCGUCGACAACCUAACGGCCGACUACCUGGACCCCAUUAUGGCACCAGUCAUUGAUGAACUCAUGACGGCGUUGUUCGACCACCUUCGUCCGCAUCCCUACAGCCACUUCCAUGCGCACACGACAAUGCGUAUUUUAGGAAAGCUCGGUGGCCGAAAUCGAAAGUAUAUUACCGGUCCUCAGCCGCUGAGCUUCGAGGAAUUCGCCGAUGAUGCGACUAGCUUCGACCUGAGGCUUGUGGGCUCAAAGAAAGACAGAGCUUUUCCAGCGGAGUUGGGCGUUGAUUUGUCCAUCCGCAAGCUGAUGGAAGUGCCCAAACCCAGCAAAGCCAAUCAAUCCCGUCACUUCGAUGGCUACUACAAGAAGCAGUCUUUCCACUUCAUCAAGUCCCAAUUGAAGCUUAGGAUAGGGUUUGACAACCUCCCGGAUGACCUGCCAAGACUUCUCCGCCUGCAGGCGCAAGACCUUCUGUCCAGAAAAAUCGAAGUCGACCUGUCGGCAUUUGAUGCUUCCGACAGGGAUCGUUCUAUCGCCAAGAAGGAUCAACAGGAUGAGCUUGUGAGGCGUCUGCUGAAGGCAGUAAUGUUUGCUGAGUCUCUUCCAGAAUUCAAGGAUGAGGCGGCGUCUUUUCUCAUAAACGUUGCAAGGCACUUCACUAUUGUCGACAUCGGGCGGUCGGUGGUCGAUGUCAAGCACACCUACAGCCAAUUCAACCCCACGGCUGGCGAGGGCCCCCUAUACAUCGACACCAGGGUCUUUUCUGACGCCAUUGUCGAGUCACUAUCGUCCGAACACCCUGAUGUGCGAGAUUCUGCGCGGAGAGUCAUCCGCGAGAUCUACAAUACGGCAUCGACAAUCUUCGGCUCAGCACAAUCGGCCGCCCGCCUGCCGUUCUUCGGCAAUCUCAGCACGACAUUUUGCCAUGCCUGCUACGAAGAAGAAUGGUUUACGAAAGCCGGUGGCACCCUCGGCGUCAAUUUCCUUCUCACAGAAUUGGAGCUGGGCGAUCAGUGGGCGAUCAGCAAGCAGACAGACUUCAUUAGGGCGCUCAUGUAUGUCGUCAAGGACAUGCCCCAGGACUUGCCAGAGAAGACAAGAUCAUCUGCCCAGCUCACACUUGAGAUUCUCCUGAAGAAAGUUACCAAGAACGCCAAGAAGGAAGACGCUUUGCCAUCAACUACACCCGGUCAAGCUCCGCAGCGGCACCGACUGGCUCAGAUUUGCAUGCAUUUCAAUAACGAGCUUGCGCAUAUGAAUCGUCAUGUGCGCGAGACGGCGAAGAGAUCACUGGAGCUGAUCGCCAAGGCAGCCAGUUGUGAGGUUUGGGAAUUGAUCGAGCCGUACAAGGAGCGCUUCCUCCAACCGAUCUAUUCCAAGCCCCUGCGUGCUCUGCCGUUCCCUGUUCAGAUCGGGUACAUCGAUGCGAUGACCUACCACAUGACACUCAAGCAUGACUGGGUUACCUUCGAUGAACACCUCAAUCGUCUGCUCAUGGAGUCUCUUGCCUUGGCAGAUGCCAGCGACGAGUCACUCGCGAACAAGCCAGCGGAGUUCCGUACUCAUGACUAUAUUGUCAACCUCCGCGUAGCAUGCAUCAAGAUGUUGAGCACUGCCAUGAGCUUUGAUGAGUUUGCCAAAGGCACAAACAUGGCAGCCACGCGAGCCAAGAUUGUCUCCGUCUUUUUCAAGUCCCUCUACUCCGAGUCGCAGGCCACUAUUGAUGCCGCCAACGACGCCCUCAAGUCCGUACUACAACAGACCAACAAGCUGCCCAAGGAUCUCCUUCAGGGGGGACUGCGGCCUGUUCUCGCCAGCCUUCAAGAUCCUAAGAAGCUGACAUCCCAUGGUCUGGAUAAUUUGGCUCGUCUCUUGAAGCUUCUUACAACAUACUUUAAAGUCGAGAUCGGAAGUCGCCUUCUCGACCACGUCAAGAUUCUGGCGGAUCCGAACGUGUUGCAAGCGAUCUCCUUCACCUACUUUGAGCAGCAUUCUCAGAUGAAGGUUGUCUCUGCGGUUUUCAACAUUUUCCACCUCCUCCCUCCCGCUGCUGAGACCUUCAAGGAACGUCUGAUCGAUCUUGUCCUCGACCUCGAAGAGAAGUUGCGCCGCACUCAUGUCAGCCCUUUCCGACCUCCUCUCUACAAGUAUCUCAACCGCUACCCGGCAGAAAUGUGGGCUUUCUUGAUGCCGAAGAUAGGCGAAGUCAAAUACGGUCGAUUCCUGGCUCAGGUUCUCUCCCAUCCCGACAGUGGACCCCUUCGAAAGGAAGCCGUGUCCGGCGUGGAUAACCUAGUCAAGGCCUGCAACGAGAUUGUCACGCAAGACAAGGAGACAAAAUUUGUGGCGAUCAUCAACACGAUCCAUGUUCUUGACUCUCUGGGUCAGUGGCCCGCGUGCGACGCUUGGAUGGACAAGAAGGAAAUCUUGACAUGGAUGAAGCAAGUGGGCAAAGAGCUCGAGGCACAGCUGCGCAAAUACACACUGGCAGCUAACCUCCGAAUGCCGGCUGCUCAAGCUUCGGAGCAACUCAUGAACAUUCUUCUCAAGUCUCUUGAGAGAAAUCCGAAGGAUUUGGAGUCACUGUUCAGCAUCGUCGAAGCGGUCACAUCCGAGGACUUCCGAGAUCCUCAACCCCUCAUCGCUUAUGUGUACAAAAACAUCAUCAACAACGAUUCUGUGGAGAUUGGCGUCGCGGCAAUUUUGAAGUGUUUGGAGGCCUACUCUUCCCGCAAUGUUUCUCAGAAGAUGAAGUGCUUCUUGCUGCACAACAUUGUCAACCCCACCAUUGCAAUGGAUGUUCAGCGGCAUUGGAACUCCACACAACAGGGCCAGCCGCGCUUGAUAGAUCGAGCUGUCAUUGAUGCUGUGGUGGCAAAGGUCUGGAAGUCAAACCAAGACACCAGCCAACAGGAUCACGACGAUCUCGCUCAACCCGGCAUCGAUCACACCAAGUUCGAAGUCCUUCAACUGUCCGCACUGCUCUUGAAGUACCACUACCAGACGAUCCAGGAGACUAGGAAGGAUAUCAUCAAGAGCUGCUGGACCUUUAUCCGCCUCGAUGAUGUCAUCAAUAAGCAUGCAGCUUAUGUGGUCAUUGGGUACUUCAUUGCGCUCUACGAUACGCCCAUCAAGAUCGUUACUCAGGUCUAUCUUUCGCUGUUGAAGGCCAACCAGAACGAGGGCCGGGCCCUGGUGACACAAGCCUUGGAGCUCGUGGCGCCUGUGCUCCCCAAGCGACUCAACACUCCGCAGAACGACCGAAACGCGGCUUGGGCUAUUGCACCGAGAAGAGUGCUGGCCGACGAAGGCCAGAACGCGCAGCAAAUGACGAGCAUUUUCCAUUUCCUCGUUCGACACCCGGAACUGUUCUACGACUCCCGCGACAAGUACGCUAUGCUGAUCAUCACGUCACUCAGAAAGGUUGCCGCACCUGCAACCGCGUCGAAUGAGUCAAAGAAGCUCGCCUUGAACAUGAUGUGGCUCAUCUGGCUUUGGGAGCAGAGGAGAGUGGAAGGCAAGGGUGAUGCCCUAGCACGCUCUCAAUCACAGUCGCCAAACUCAAAGAAGAGGAAGCUCGACGGUGACCAGCCCAUGUCGUCACCUCCUUCUGUGAAGCAGCAACUCGCGCCCAACGAUUAUCAGAUCCCUCCAGUUGGACGUCUCAAGAUGAUCCGCUAUCUGAUUGAGUUCAUCGCCCAGUUGAACGAACGGUAUCAGGUCCCAUCUGCCAAGUUCAAAGACUCGCCCACGUUGGCCGGUUUCGCCUCGCCUAGCGCAUCAUCAACUGAGCUCUGCAAGAAGUCCAUGUCACUUCUCUAUCAUCUGCUGCAACCUCAAUACUGGAGUGACCUCGACAUUGACCUCUUUCCUCAUGUCACUGAUGCCGUCCUCGCUAGUGACAGAACGCAAACUGUUCUCACGGCGGAUCCGAGCGACAAGGAGAAGUUUGAUAACAAGUUCAUCACCAACAUCAUCAACACUCUUCAAGUCGUGCGGAUCAUUCUCAAUGUUAAAUCAGACGACUGGGUCCAAAAGAACAUGUCCUCUAUACAGAAGGUUCUUGACAAGUGCUUGAGGAGCGAGAAUCCGGAAAUACAGGACUGUCUCCACACUGCGGAUCCUGAGAACGAUGACAAUCGGGAGCUCAAGGCUAUCGUCAAGCGCGUUCUGGAGGCCGUUCCCGAAGAUGUCCCCAUGGAAGAUGCCGAUGCCGACGGUGAGACAGAGGCGCAAACUUCAGAAAUCAUCCAAGCUCUCUCCACAACAGCUGGAGAAGCUAUGGCAGCAGGCAACUACACUUCUGGAGUCAACACCUUGUGGUCACUUGGCAACCGUAAGCCGACAAUCAUCGACCAGCACAUUCCCGUCCUCAUGAAGGCCCUCCAGAGUAAGCUUGCACGUGAACAUGUUCAGCACUACAGUAUCGUCGCGAAUCUGCAAGCCGGCGGAGCACCUCCUAAUAGGGGCCCGGAUGCGCCACCGUCUGGCGAAAUGUCAACCUAUGACCUCGAGGUCUCAACAGCUCUCAUGCUCAAGGCUAUGCAGGUUGUCGCUCUCAGGAUGGAGGUCCUCGGCGACAACCGUCGCCCGUUCCUCAGUGUCCUGGCCACACUAGUUGAAAAGUCUAUGCACAUCCCCUUGUGCGAAGAGAUUCUCGUCAUGGUGGAGGGAUGGGUUUUCCGAUCCGAAGGCACGUGGCCGACUCUGAAGGAAAAGACUGCCGUUCUCCACAAGAUGCUCUCUUUUGAGCACCGACAAGAUCCCGCCAUGCUCACAAAGUUCCUUGAGCUCGUGAUUCGGAUCUACGAGGAUCCGAAAAUCACCAGAACUGAGUUGACUGUGAGGAUGGAGCACGCUUUUCUCAUUGGCGCCAGGGCGCAGGAUGUUGAGAUGCGAAAUCGCUUCAUGGCCAUCUUUGACAAGAGUCUUUCUAAGACGGCAACUGCCCGCCUGUCGUACGUACUCACGGCUCAGAACUGGGACACUCUUGCAGAUAGCUUCUGGCUUGCCCAAGCCUCGCAGCUUCUUCUGGGUGCUGUGGAGCUGAAUGCCGCUGCUCAACUGCAUGCCGAAGACUUUAGGACACUGCCGGCCAGCCAGUUGUGCAUGAUUUACGCCAAGGAUACCAGAGAGCCGGCAAACAUGGCGGACGACAAAUUCGACACCCUCAUCGCACAACAUCGUCGCUUCAUGAACGAAAUCGCGGAUGUCAAGGUCCGCGACCUUGUCGAGCCCCUCAGUCAGCUCCAGCACAUCGACAACACGUUGGCCCAUCAGCUUUGGGUUUCGGUUUUCCCAAUUUACUGGUCUGCGACGGCCAGAGAUGAGCGCAUUGAGCUUGAGCGUGGAAUCGUGACUCUCCUGACGAAGGAUUAUCACAGCCGUCAAAUCGACAAGCGGCCCAACGUCGUCCAGUCGCUGCUGGAGGGCGCUGCGAAGGCGUGGCCCAGCUGCAAGAUACCGCCACACGUGCUCAAAUACGAAGCCAAGACGUACGAUACGUGGUACACGUCGCUCGUGCAGCUUGAGAAUGCAGCAAUCAAGCCGGAAAUGGAGUCUGCCAAGGUUCGCGAGAGUAACCUCGAUGCUCUUGUCGAUCUUUAUGCGUCAUUGCAGGAAGACGACCUCUUCUACGGAACGUGGAGACGCCGCUGCCAAUUUGUUGAGACAAACGCUGCCCUCUCUUAUGAGCAGAACGGCAUGUGGGAUAAGGCUCAAAAGAUGUAUGAAGCUGCACAGAUCAAAGCUCGAACUGGCGUCAUCCCUUUCUCGCAGGGAGAGUACAUGCUGUGGGAGGAUCAUUGGGUCCUCUGCGCCCAGAAACUCCAGCAAUGGGACAUCUUGCAAGACUUUGCCAAACAUGAAAACUUCCAAGACCUGCUCCUGGAGUGUGCCUGGCGCAACACGGAGAUGUGGCAGGACGGCAACCAACGAGAUGCAUUGGACACUCUGAUCAAGGGCGUUAUGGACGCCCCUACGCCUCGCAGGGCGUUCUUCCAGUCAUUCAUGGCCCUUCUCAAGUUCCACAACAAGUUGGAAACGCACGCCGAGUUCGCCAAGUCUUGCGACGAAGCGAUCCAGCUGUCCAUCCGGAAGUGGCACCAGCUUCCUCAGCAGCUCACAAAAGCACACAUUCCGCUGCUACAGAACUUCCAGCAGCUGGUCGAAUUGCACGACGCUCAAGUCAUCUGCCAGAGCUUGUCGAGCACCAACCAGUCGAACCUUGACGUCAAGUCCGGUGAGCUUAAGUUACUGCUUGGUGCGUGGCGAGACCGCCUGCCCAAUGUAUGGGACGACAUCACAGCUUGGCAGGACCUUGUCACAUGGCGCCAACACAUUUUCGGGCUCAUCAACCAGACCUACUUGCAACUCCUCCCACAACAGGGUGGCAACCAGAACACUAACGGUGCUUCGUUCGCGUACCGCGGCUACCACGAGACGGCGUGGAUCAUCAACCGUUUCGCCCAUGUCUCUCGCAAACACAACCUGCCCGAUGUGUGCAUCAGCCAGCUGAGCAGGAUUUACACACUGCCCAAUAUCGAGAUUCAAGAGGCGUUCCUCAAGCUUCGCGAGCAAGCCAAGUGUCACUUUGAGAACCCUGACGAGCUGACGAGUGGAUUGGAUGUCAUCAACAACACCAACCUCAACUACUUCAAUCCACCCCAGAAGGCCGAGUUUUACACGCUCAAGGGCAUGUUCCUGGAGAAGCUCAGCCAAAAAGAGGAGGCUGACAGCGCUUACGGUACCGCCUUGUACUUCGAUAUCACCGCGGCCAAGGCGUGGGCUGAGUGGGGCUACUUCAACGAACGAAGGUUCAAAGCGGACGCCAACGAUGUCAACUCGGCUCGUCAGGCUCUGACAAGCUACCUGCAAGCUGCAGGAAGCUACAAGAACGCCAAGUCGAGAAAGCUCCUUGCGCGGAUCCUGUGGCUCCUCAGCCUCGAUGAUGCCACGGGGACCAUUGCUGCUGGUUUCGACGACUUUAAGGGAGAAACACCGAUCUGGUACUGGAUCACGUACAUUCCCCAGCUGCUCACAGGUCUCGCCUACAAGGAGGGACCCCGCGUCCACCAGAUCCUCACCAAGAUUGCCAAGUCGUACCCUCAAGCGCUUUACUUCCAGCUCCGCACCAACCGGGAGGACAUGGCGGUCAUCAAGAAGAACCAAGAAGCCAAGGAACGGGCCCGCCAGCGCGCCCAGUCGGCUGCCUCGCAGCAGGCCAGCGCUUCUCCUCAGCUGCCGAAGAAUGAGACCGUCUCGGGUGCUGCGUCGAGCUCGAGACCGGGCACCGCCAACGGCGACAGCGCUCUCGUUAAGACCGAGGGCGGUGACACCAAGUCAUCGUCGGUGCCACCGGCACCUGCAGACGGCGGCACGCCCGCACCAGCAGCAACCCCAGUGCCCGCUCCCACCCCUACGCCUGCACCGGCUUCUGCGCCGGUACCGGCGCAAGCGGCUCAAGCUCAGAGUGACCAGCAGCAGCAGCAGUCCGGGGCCGGCCAGAAGAAGCCGCCCUGGGAGCUGACCGAGGAGAUCAUGAGCCACUUGAAGUCUGCUUUCCCACUGUUGGCUCUGUCAAUGGAGACCAUGGUGGAUCAGAUCCAGAAGCACUUCAAGUGUCCUCCGGAUGAGGACGCGUAUCGACUGAUCGUGGCGCUGCUGAACGACGCUCUGGCCUAUGUGAGCCGUAUGCCUUCAUCAUUUGCCAAGAUUAAGCUUCCGUCGGCGACUGAGACGAACAUAACGCGGUUUGCCGAGACAAUUCUGCCUCCGCAUAUCAAGAAGUCGUUUGAGGCCGACUUUGUGCAGACCAAGCCGACGAUGGACGACUACAUUUACAAGCUCCGAAGAUGGCGCAACAAGUUUGAGGAAAAGCUCGACCGCCGAUCAACGCGUGUGUCUCUUGAGGCCUUCUCGCCGCAUCUCAGUGAGUUCCGGUACCAGCGAUUCGACGACGUUGAGAUCCCCGGCCAGUAUCUGGAGCACAAGGACAAGAACCAGGAUUUCAUCCGCAUCGAGCGAUUCCUGCCAAACGUUGAGCUCGUGCGGUCCAUCAGCGCCUCAUACCGGCGGCUCAAGAUCCGCGGCCACGAUGCGAGCGUGCACUCGUGGGCGGUGCAGCACCCGGCGGCGCGUCACUGCCGACGCGAGGAGCGCAUCCUGCAGCUCUUCCGGCAGCUCAACCAGACGCUCAACCGGCGCAAGGAGAGCCGGCGCCGUGACAUGCAGUUCACGCUGCCGCUGAUGGUGCCGCUGGCACCACACAUUCGCAUCGUGCAGGAGGACACGUCGUACAUCACGCUGCAAGGGGUGUACGAGGACCACUGCCGGCGCAACUCGAUGAAGAAGGACGACCCAGUGCUGUUCACGAUGGAGAAGUUGCGGGGUGUCCUGGACACAAAGAACGCGAAACACGGAGAGCAGACGGCGACGGCGCGUCUCGAGGUGUUCAACGCGAUCCAGGAGAAGUGGGUGCCGCACACGGUGGCGCUCGAGUACUUCCAGAAGAUCUUCCCGAGCUUCACGGACUUUUGGCUGUUCCGUCGGCAGCUGUCCUACCAGAUGGCGGCGCUGACGUUCAUGACGUACAUUCUGUACAUGCACAACCGGUACCCGCAGAAGAUCAACAUUGCGCGGGCGUCGGGCAACAUUUGGGGCUCGGAGCUCAUGUCGUACAUGAGCGCGGGCAAGCCCUUCUUCCACAACCCGGAGCCGGUGCCGUUCCGUCUGACGCCGAACCUGCAGACGCUCAUGGGCCCGCUCGCGAUGGAGGGCAUCUUCAGCUGCUCGCUCAUGGCGAUCGCGCGGUGCCUUCUCGAGGGGGAGCACGAGCUGGAGAACGCGCUGACGCUGUUUGUGCGGGACGAGAUGAUCUUCUGGUUCACGAGCUCGCACCGGGCCGUGCAGAUGACGGAGCACCAGCUGCGCGAGUCGGUACAGGUCAACAGCGACUCGAUCGUCAAGCGGGCGACGAGCCUCGCGCAGAGCCCGGCGAGCAACCUGCCGGCCAACCAGACGGUCAUCGACCUCAUCGCCAAGGCGGUCAACCCGAUGAACCUUGCGCAGUGCGACGCCCUGUGGAUGCCGUAUCUGUAA